UUCCCAAAUCCCCCCUCACACAUCAACAUAUUUCCUAGAACCACCCUCAUUCACAGAACUGGCCCUCAACGCAGCCUGUCCCUUCUCUCGUUGUCCUCCAAUACUCAGGCAAAUUCCCGACAAUGGUUGUUCUGGCAGCCUCGAUUUGUACGAGGGGAGGUAAGGCACUACUCUCGCGGCAGUUCGUUGAGAUCCAAAAAUCCAGGGUCGAGGCUCUACUGGCCUCCUUUCCCAAACUCGCCGACUCUUCCACACAGCACACGACCGUCGAGAGCGAGAAUGUUCGAUUUGUCUAUCAACCUCUCGAUGAGCUCUACCUCGUCCUCAUCACAAACAAGCAAUCCAACAUCCUCCAAGACAUAGACAGCCUGCACCUUUUUGGCCAGGUGGUCACCUCCAUCUGUAAGAAGGCCGAUGAGCGAGAGAUUCUGCGACAUGCAUUUGACCUCUUAUCGGCGUUUGACGAACUGGUCACCAUGGGCUAUCGAGAGAAUCUUUCUCUUUCCCAGAUCAAGACAUUUCUCGAGAUGGAAUCUCACGAGGAGCGCAUCCAAGAAAUCAUCGCGCGAAACAAGGAACUCGAGGCUUCGGAAGAACGCAAGCGCAAGGCCAAACAACUUGAACUACAGAGGAAAGAGGCUUCCAAGGCGGCUGCAUACCAACGGGGCAUGGCUCCCAAGAUUCCUCAACAACCUACAUACACGCCUCCAACACGACCCGAAUCUUACGACAGUUAUGAAGCCGAAAAGAACAAGACGGCCAGCAAGUUUGCCGCAUCUCGUCCCACAAAGGGCAUGCAAUUGAACAAGAAAUCAAAAACAUCCAAUGCAUUCGCCAAGGUGCAACAAGAUCUUGGUCCCGAGGAACUCGAACCACCCCCUGCAGCCUCUCCUCAGACCACAUUGCCCGACCGCACCGUCUCCUCAUCUCAUGCCCAUCACGAAUCUAGCUUGUCAAGUGCCUCGCCCAUUACGAUCGCCGUCAACGAAACCCUGUCAGCCAAGCUCUCUCGUGAGGGCACACUGAAGAGCUUUGAGGUCAAGGGAGAUCUACAGGUCAAGAUCACAGACCCAGCGCUCACAAAACUCUCUCUAUCGGUGCAGGCGGUCGAAGGACCUCUCAAAGCCCAGUUCCGAACUCACCCAAAUGUGGACCGAAACCUCUUCACAUCAGACAAGGUCGUUCAGCUCAAAGACACGACCAAGCGAUUCCCAACCAACAAUUCUAUUGGGGUCCUUCGUUGGCGUGCCACCGCCCCAGCCGACAGCAAUGACGUCUUACCCAUCACGUUCACGGCGUGGGUGAACAAGUCGGACGACAGCUACACCAUCACCAUCGAGUACGAGCUGCUGAACCCAGAUGCCCACACUCUCAACAACGUGGUGGUGACGAUUCCGUAUUCGUCGGCCGAGCCGGCGGUGUCAUCGUUUGACGCCAUUUAUCAGGUCACGGGAGACAGUCUGGAAUGGACAAUUGGCAGCGUCGAUGUGAGCAACCCGAGCGGAGCGUUUGAGUUUGAGGCCCAGACGGACGACGACAGUGAAUUCUUCCCCAUGACGGUCAGCUUCGAGUUGGACAAGCCGUACAUUCAAGUGGAUGUGCUGGACGCCAAGCUGCUCGAGAUUGAGGAGAAUGUGGAUUUCGAAAAGGUGGUCAAAGCCACCACGGAUGGCUUUGUCAUUGAGUAGUCGAAAUGUCCAGGUACGAUGAAAUAAUGCUACAGCGGAUGGAUGGUUCAAUUAGAAAGGCUUCAAAUACAAUGCGAUGCAUGUAUGCAUGAUGUGUCUCAAUUAUCCCUUUUUUUCCUUUCCUUGGGACUUGAUAUGGACCAUGGUGUUGGUCUUCUGACCAAAGCGACCACAUUCUGUAGGUGUUUUGGAGGGUAUUUGCCAUUGCUCGUCCC